AUGGCGCACCGCCUGCUCCAGGACCCGGAGGCAGAUGGGUGGGAGCGCAAGGACUUUCCUAUCAUCUGCGAGACUUGCCUGGGUCCCAAUCCAUACGUUCGCAUGCAGAGGAUGGACUACGGCAGCACCUGCCACAUCUCGGGCCGGCCAUACACCGUGUUCCGGUGGCGCCCCGGGAACGACGCCCGGUACAAGAAGACCAUCAUCUGCCAGGAGGUGGCCAAGGCCAAGAAUGUGUGCCAGUGCUGCCUGCUGGACCUGGACUACAACCUCCCCGUGCAAGUCCGGGACGAGGCCCUGGGCAUGCAGGCCGACCAGCUCCCCGCCAGCGACGCGGGCAAGGAGUAUGCCCUGCAGCGCAUGUCGGACGCGGGAGAGCUGGACCACUCCAAGUUUGACACCCCCACCGCACCGGAGCUCCUGGUCAAGCUGCAGCGCACCACCCCCUACUACAAGCGCAACCAAGCCAAGAUCUGCUCCUUCUUCGUCAAGGGCAUGUGCAAGCGUGGCGCGGAGUGCCCCUACCGCCAUGAGAUGCCCAUUGAGGGCCCGCUGUCCAAGCAGAACAUCAAGGACCGGUACUACGGCGUGAACGACCCCGUGGCGGAGAAGAUGCUGGGCCGUGCCGCGGAGAUGCAGAAGCUGACCCCGCCCGAGGACACGAGCAUCGCCACGCUAUUCGUCGGCGGCCUGGGAUCCGAGCAUUCCGAGGCCGACCUGCGCGACAUUUUCUACACCCACGGCGAGCUUAAGUCGGUGAAGAAGCUGGAGAGCAAGGGCGUGGCCUUCGUGACCUUCACCACGCGGCAGGGGGCCGAGGCGGCGGCCGAGGCGCUGAGCAACCGGCUGAUCAUCAAGGGCCAGAGCCUGGCCCUGGCCCUCCUGCUCCAUGCUGCCGCCGCCCAGACUCAGAUGCCGCCCUCUGGCAUCCUGUACCCGCCCGAUUCCACAGGCCCAGCCGUGGUCACCGUGUCGCAGCUGGAACGAGGGAUGUGCCCGCCCGCUCUGGGUUCGACGGCCCACCCCCCCGUCCUGGAGCUCAGCAUCGCGGGGGCCCGGAUCGCCAUGCUGGCCGGCAGGUUCACCUGCACGCAGCUGGUGCAGACCUACCUGGACCGCAUCCGGGUGUACGACGCUCCCCUGGGCCUGAACUCGGUCAGGGCGGUGGAUGUGGAGCAGGCCCUGGCAGCUGCCGCGACCGCCGAUGCCCAGCUGGCUGCCGCGAUCGCCCAGGGCAAUGACAGCAGCCUGGCGCCGCUCUUCUGCACCCCCAUGCUGCUCAAGGACAAUUUCGACGUGGUGGGCCUGGCCACCACCGCAGGCUCGGUGGCCCUGGCCGAGAACUACCCGCGCACAGAUGCCUGGGUGGUGCGCCGGCUCAAGGCCGCGGGCGCCAUCGUCUUCGGCAAGGCCAACAUGGGCGAGUUCGCGCUGUUCCCCUCCUUCACCCUGGGCUCUCUGGCGGGGUUUACGCGCAACCCUUACCACCUGCACCACAGCCCUGCGGGGUCGAGCGGCGGCAGCGCGGCCGCCGUCUCCGCCAACCUCGCACUGGCGGCGCUGGGCACCGACACGGGGAACAGCGUGCGCGGCCCCGCCAGCCAUGCCGGGGUCGUGGGUCUGCGCCCCAGCAUCGGCCUGGUGGGGCGCAGCGGCGUGGUGCCCCUGCGCCUGGAUCGCGACGCGGUGGGCCCCCUCACCCGCACCGUGGCCGACGCCGCGGCGCUGCUGGGGGCCAUGGCCGGGCUUGACCCCGGCGACGAGGCCAGCGUGCACGAGCUGGGGGGGCCGGCGCCGGCGCACGCCCCGCCGGCAGACUACACCCGCUUCCUGCGGGGCGCCAGCCUGGCGGGUUCGCGUAUCGGCGUGCUGCGCUCCAUCCUCGACCUCCCCGGCACCGACGUCCAGAUCCGGGCCAUGUUCAACGGCGCGCUCUACACCAUGCAGGCGGCGGGCGCCAUGCUGGUCGACAACUUCACCAUCGCGAACAACAGCCUGGGGGAGCCCUGGAGCGCAAACCGGGAUGGCCAGGGUCCCGCUCUGGGGCACUGGAACGUGGACGGAGAGUGGUCGGACCUGUGGGCCUGCAACUCCCCCUUCAGGUCGGGGAUGGACGGGUACCUGGCCAGCCGCAACGCCUCCAACGUGGUGCGCAGCCUGUCGGCCCUGUAUGCCGGCGGGGACUACCACCCUCUCUCCCGCGACUCCAUCCUGGCCUCGCUCCAGGCGCCGGAGCCCGACCCGGCCGCCUUCCCGACGACCGCACAGCGCCUGGCGGGGCAGCGCUGCGGCUGCAGCUACUGGUGGGACGACCCCUGCCGCACCGAGUUCCGCAAGAGAUUGAUCGAAAGCAUGGACGACGCUGACGUGGAUGUGCUGGCGUACCCCACCUGGAAUUCGCCGCCCCUCAAGAUCGGGGACUCCUUCACCGGCUACUACGAUGGCAACAACUCGCCCAUGAUCUCCCCCCAGACGGGGAGCCCCUCCAUAUCGGUGCCCAUGGGCCUCAACACCCUGGGACUGCCGGCGGGCAUCACCUUCCUGGCCCGCCCCUUUGACGAGGGCACGCUGCUCGCAAUGGCGCACGCCUACGAGCAGGCCAGCCAGCUGCGAGCCCCGCCCAUGCUCUUCCCGGACUGCACUGGAGGGAGCGUGCUCAGCCAGACAGCUGGGUAG